AUGCUGGGGCGUGAUUGUGGCAUCCCGCUGGCUCUCCCCAUGCAGGACAUGGAGUCUGUGUGUCUGUGUGUCUGUAAACAGCAAGAGCACACUGCUAGACCCACGACCAGGCACCUGCUACAUAUAUAGUAGUGCAGUAGGGUUUCUAGAAAGGGUUGCACUAUGUUUUAUCUGUAUCUUUAUGCUUUUAGAUGAGACACCUGCCAUGCUACAGUAUCAUUUCUAAAGGGUUGUAUUACUAUACAUACUGUAAUAUAAAGUGGGUGGUUUGAGGACUGAAUGCUGAUUGGCUGACAGCCGUGGUAUAUCAGACUGUAAUAUAUGAAACUUAGCAGACAUGUUUAUCCGCAGUGGGCUUACAGUCAACUGUGCUUAAAUGUUGAAUGAUAUGGGUGGUCCCUGGAAUCGAACUCACUGUCCUGGCGUUGCAAGAGGCAUGGUCUUCCAACUGAGCUACAGAGGAACACUGUAGCUGGUUUUAGUUUAUCCACUGUAUAUGUUUUUGUGUGUAAAAGUGUUUUAUUUACUCUGCUUUUUGUCAAUUCUCUUUUAGCAUAAUUAUGAAAACUAUACCUCACUGGCUACAUCUGUGUGUUGCUUGUUAUCUGCACUAUGAAUCAAUUAUAUAGACGCCUACAAAUAAUGUAAAUCUGUUGUCUUCUUCUCUUCUCUCCUCUCCAGGUUUCAUAUAUACGUGUGGUGGGACAUUAAAAGGGCGGAACGGCACCGUUGAAAGCCCAGGUUUUCCAUAUGGGUACCCCAAUGGGGCUAACUGUACAUGGGUUAUUGUAGCAGAGGAGGGGAACCGAAUUCAAAUUGUCUUUCAGUCUUUCGCUGUGGAGGAAGAGUAUGACUUUUUAUCGCUUUAUGAUGGACAUCCUCAUCCGGUGAACUUCAGGACGAGGUGGGUGCCAUUUUGAUUUCUUAUUCAAUUCAUCUCCUUGCCUUAUCCUUGAAUCUCUGUCUUCUGCCGCUGAUCAAAUCCUGCUUGUUCUUUUCUUCUAGUAGUUGAAUAUAGGAUUUUCGUCUUUAGGGUUGACCUUUUUUAAAGAUAGAUGAGUAUGCAACUUACACUGUUCAUUUCAUGCAUGACUUUCGUCAGAGCAGAGCGGACUUUAAGAGAGAUAUGGUCUUGGAUAACCUGAUUAGCCCAUUCUAAUCUAAAAUGGAAGCCCAGCAGCGUCUUCCAUCGGAGGAGGCAGAACUCUCUCACUCAUUUCUGAACACGUUUGAUCACUGGGAAAGAGAUUGAAAUCAGUCCAUUGUAAUUUGUUGCUUACAUGGAUACAAGAUCGCUCCGGCAGUUUGACCGAAUUAAAGCCGCCACUGAGAAAUCACACCAGGUGAUUAAGGCGUUGAAAAUGGAACAGCUCUGUCCAAUUAGCGGGUUAUUGUAAUUACUCCGGGUCCCAUUAACCUGUGCUAAUACACAGCAGAUACUUUCCCUUUCAAAACCUCGCCAUUUGAUUGGAAUGUUGUCUGUGCCCUCGGAACCCUCAUUAGCUUUGAACAUUCUAUUCAUUCAUUAGGGACUGUGGUAACUGGCGAAGCGGCUUAACGUUGCCUGGCUAUCAUGGCUAUCUUUAUCUUUAACUCUGCAUUGUUGGAAAAGGACCCGUAAGUAAGUAUUUCACUGUUAGUCUACACCUGUUGUUUACGAAGCAUGUGACAAAUACAAUUAGAUUUGGUUUCACACACACACACACACACACACACACACACACACACACACACACACACACACACACACACACACACACACACACACACACAAACACACUCCUCACCUCCUCUAAUAGCAAUACCCUCCAUGUGGAACAGGUCACAUGUUAACUUGAAUCCAAAACAGCCAAAUAACACAAUAAAAAAGAGGACAUAGAGAUAAACGACUAUAUACCUCAGAGGGAAGGAGGAGCCUAUACACCUCAGAGGGAAGGAGGAGACUAUACACCUCAGAGGGAAGGAGGAGACUAUACACCUCAGAGGGAAGGAGGAGACUAUACACCUCAGAGGGAAGGAGGAUACUAUAUAUCUCAGAGGGAAGGAGGAGACUAUACACCUCAGAGGGAUGGAGGAGACUAUACACCUCAGAGGGAAGGAGGAGACUAUACACCUCAGAGGGAAGGAGGAGACUAUACACCUCAGAGGGAAGGAGGAGACUAUACACCUCAGAGGGAAGGAGGAUACUAUAUAUCUCAGAGGGAAGGAGGAGACUAUACACCUCAGAGGGAAGGAGGAGCCUAUACACCUCAAGGGGAAGGAAGAGACUAUACACCUCAGAGGGAAGGAGGAGACAACACACCUCAGAGGGAAGGAGGAGACUAUACACCUCAGAGGGAAGGAGGAGACUAUAAACCUCAGAGGAAAGGAGGAGCCUAUACACUUCAGAGGGAAGGAGGAGACUAUACACCUCAGAGGGAAGGAGGAGACUAUACACCUCAGAGGGAUGGAGGAGACUAUACACCUCAGAGGGAUGGAGGAGACUAUACACCUCAGAGGGAAGGAGGAGCCUAUAUACCUCAGAGGGAAGGAGGAGCCUAUACACCUCAGAGGGAAGGAGGAUCAGAGGGAAGGAGGAGACUAUACACCUCAGAGGGAAGGAGGAGACUAUACACCUCAGAGGGAUGAAGGAGACUAUAUACCUCAGAGGGAAGGAGGAGACUAUACACCUCAGAGGGAUGGAGGAGACUAUACACCUCAGAGGGAUGGAGGAGACUAUAUACCUCAGAGGGAAGGAGGAGACUAUACACCUCAGAGGGAAGGAGGAGACCACACACCUCAGAGGGAUGGAGGAGACUAUAUACCUCAAAGGGAAGGAGGAGUCUAUAUACCUCAGAGGGAAGGAGGUUCAGAGGGAAGGAGGAGACUAUACACCUCAGAGGGAAGGAGGAGACUAAACACCUCAGAGGGAAGGAGGAGACUAUACACCUCAGAGGGAAGGAGGAGCCUAUACACCUCAGAGGGAAGGAGGUCAGAGGGAAGGAGGAGACUAUACACCUCAGAGGGAAGGAGGAGACUAUACACCUCAGAGGGAAGGAGGAGACUAUACACCUCAGAGGGAAGGAGGAGCCUAUACACCUCAGAGGGAAGGAGGAGACCACACACCUCAGAGGGAAGGAGGAGACUAUAUACCUCAAAGGGAAGGUGGAGACUAUACACCUCAGAGGGAAGGAGGAGCCUAUACACCUCAGAGGGAAGGAGGAGCCUAUACACCUCAGAGGGAAGGAGAAGACCACACACCUCAGAGGGAAGGAGGAGACUAUACACCUCAGAGGGAAGGAGGAGACCACACACCUCAGAGGGAAGGAGGAGACUAUACACCUCAGAGGGAAGGAGGAGACUAUACACCUCAGAGGGAAGGAGGAGACUAUACACCUCAGAGGGAAGGAGGAGAAUAUACACCUCAGAGGGAAGGAGGAGACUAUACACCUCAGAGGGAAGGAGGAGCCUAUACACCUCAGAGGGAAGGAGGAGCCUAUACACCUCAGAGGGAAGGAGGAGCCUAUACACCUCAGAGGGAAGGAGGAGACUAUACACCUCAGAGGGAAGGAGGAGCCUAUACACCUCAGAGGGAAGGAGGAGCCUAUACACCUCAGAGGGAAGGAGGAGACUAUACACCUCAGAGGGAAGGAGGAGCCUAUACACCUCAGAGGGAAGGAGGAGCCUAUACACCUCAGAGGGAAGGAGGAUCAGAGGGAAGAAGGAGUCUAUACACCUCAGAGGGAAGGAGGAGACUAUACACCUCAGAGGGAGGGAGGAGACUAUACACCUCAGAGGGAAGGAGGAUCAGAGGGAAGGCGGCGACUAUACACCUCAGAGGGAAGGAGGAGACUAUACAUCUCAGAGGGAAGGAGGAGACUAUACACCUCAAAGGGAAGGAGGAUCAGAGGGAAGGAGGAGACUAUACACCUCAGAGGGAAGGAGGAGACUAUACAUUAUUAUCAUUGUUAUUAUUUGAUGGCCACCGCCAUAUUUAGAUCUGACAUGGAUGGAUGGGAUGGAAAUACCUUAACUAUUAAUAACAGUUUGGAAAGAUACUAUUUAUUUAUUUGAUUUGGUAUCUGACUUCUUUAAGGAAUGCUAUGAUACCUCUGGUCUGGUCUCUCCCCUGUGAACGUAGAGGGUUUCAUGUGUGCAAUUAGUGUGUGUGCGGUAUGUUGAGAGGGUGUGUGUGAGGGUAUGUUGAGAGGGUGUGUGUGAGGGUUUGUUGAGAGGGUGUGUGUGAGGGUUUGUUGAGAGGGUGUGUGUGAGAGUUUGUUGAGAGGGUGUGUGUGAGGGUUUGUUUAGAGGGGAUUGUGAGGGUUUGUUGAGAGGGGAUUGUGAGGGUAUGUUGAGAGGGUGUGGUGUGAGGGUUUGUUGAGAGGGGAUUGUGAGGGUUUGUUGAAAGGGUGUGGGUGAGGGUUUGUUGGAGAGGGUGUGUGUGAGAGUAUGUUGAGAGGGUGUGUGUGAGGGUUUGUUGAGAGGGUGUGUGUUUCUGGUAUGUUGAGAGGGUGGUGUGUGUGAGGGUUUGUUGAGAGGGGAUUGUGCGGGUUUGUUGCGAGGGUGUGGGUGCGGGUUUGUUGGCGGGUGUGUGUGAGCGUCUGUUGCGCGGGUGUGUGUGGGGUUUGUUGCGCGGUGUGUGUGCGGGUUUGUUGGCGGGUGUGUGUGCUGGUCUGUUGCGCGGGUGUGUGUGUGGGGUUUGUUGCGGGGGCUUGUGGGGUUUGUUGAGUGGGGCUUGUGCGGGUUUGUUGGCGGUUUUGUGUGCGGGUUUGUUGCGGGGUGUGUGUGCGGUUUGUUGGCGCGGGUGUGUGUGAGGGUUUGUUGAGAGGGUUUGUGUGAGGGUUUGUUGAGAGGGGAUUGUGUGAGGGUAUGUUGAGAGGGGAUUGUGAGGGUUUGUUGAGAGGGUGUGUGUGAGGGUCUGUUGAGAGGGUGUGUGUGAGGGUUUGUUGAGAGGGUGUAUGUGAGGGUUUGUUGAGAGGGGAUUGUGAGUGCAUUAAGAGUGGCUUAGUUACAGUAUUUUCCUCUGGGCUUGUUGAGGAGGGAAACACACACACAAACAUACACACACUAUGUUCCAGAUCAGGGCUCCUGAUCGAUACUCUGUGACCUACUUUUGCAUAAAUUGUGAAGCGUCAGCUUCCUAAUGAAUGCUGCGCAAUAAAUCAACGUACAUGGGCUUUAUGAAAGUCUCUACAGCAAACAGUGCUGGCAAAUCACGUCUUCUGCCAACACAUGCGAGCACACAUGCUGGAAAACACACACACACACACACUCACACAGUGGUGGAAAAAGUACCCAGUUGUCAUACUUGAGUAAAAGUAAAGAUACCUUAAUAGAAAAUGACUCAGGUAAAAGUGAAAGUCACCCAGUAAAAUACCACUUGAGUAAAAGUCUAAAAGUAUCUGGUUUUAAAUGUACUUAAGUACAGUGGUGGAAAAAGUACUCAAUUGUCAUUCUUGAGUAAAAACACAAAACAAGUUAAAAUAAAAGCAAAUGCUAUACAUCAAAUUACGUAUAUUAAUCAAACUAGGCAGCACAAUUUGUUAUUUUAUUUUAUUUAUGGAUAGCCAGGGGCACACUCCAACACUCAGACAUACUUUAAUUUACAAACGCAGUAUUUGUGUUUAGUGAGUCUGCCAUAUCAGAGGCGGUAAGGGAUGACAAUGCAUUAUAUUGAAAGGUGUGUGAAUCAGACCAUAUUGCUGUCCUUCCUGAGCAUUCUAAAUGAAACUAGUACUUUUGGCUGUCAGAGAAAAUGUACGGAGUAAAAGUAAAAUAUGUUAAUAUAAAUGGAAAAGUAAAGUACAUAGUCACCCACUAACCUGAACGUGCCAUCAUACCGUCAAAAUAUUCACAGCAGGGUUUGAAAUAUCUAAAGAUAUCAGUAAUUCAUUUGAGGUUCUGUUAUAAUAUUAACGUUUCGUUCUGAAUCGUUCACUGACCAGUUGAAAUAUUUAAAUGAAUGUUGAAUUAAUGAUGAAUGUGUGUAUUUCCUCUCUCUCGCUCUCUCUCUCUCUCUCUCUCUCUCUCUCUUCUCUCUCUCCACCCCCACAACAUCUCUCUAGCUAUCUAUCUAUCUCUUCUCUCUCUCUCUCUCUCUCUCUCUCUCUCUCUCUCUCUCUCUCUCUCUCUCUCUCUGUCUCUCUCUCUCUCACUUAUACUUACAGCAGCUGCUUAUGUGAGUCAGUCUUGUGCACAUAGAAUAACCAGAAACCCCUACUAAAUGUGUUCACCGAAUACGCAGAUUACCAAGGAUGCCUGUUUUUAUUUGAACUGUGAAUUCCAGUUUUCUAGAGCAUACUAAUAUCCUCCAGUCUUUUCUGUGUGAGAGAAUUCCCAUGGAACAUGCUACCAGUCAGUCUUGCAGAGGUCCCUGUGGAAUGUCUGUAGUAUUUACAGACACUAGUGCAUAUCUAACCAAGUAAUUAACAUACACACUUUUAAAGGCGCGUUGACAUGUGUCUGUGGUGACUCAUUGAGCUGUCAGUAAGUGAGGUCAUUUAAACAAAUAUUUGUGAAUGUGAUGUAUAUAUUUUUUUUAAAUAGAGAUUUUACCCACGAUUUAGAAAUGUUAUUGUAUUAUAUCUGAUUUAUUUGAACAAGCCCUUAAAAAAAAAUAGAAGUAUUUUUAGUAGACAAGAGAUUAAAGAUUAGAUCUACUCUUUGUAUUUCUUCAUGUAUACCAUGUGGUCAUAUAUCCAUAUGGCAUUCAUGCUUGGUUUUCUUCUGCCUCUGUGGAUUUAGAAUUUUCUCUGUGACAGAUCACUGGGUCUGAAUGUGUAACGGGGGAUGUCUUAUGUUCUCAUGCACACUAACAGCAGAGAGGGAGAGGGAGAGGGGAGAGGGAGAGGGAGAGGGAGAGGAAAGAGAAAGAGAAGAGGGAAAAAAAAGAAGAAAAGAGGAAAGAGAAAAGAAGAAGAAAGAGGAAAGAGAAAGAGAAAGAGAAAGAGGGAGGGGAGGGGAAGACGGGAAGGAGACAGGAGGGGGAAGAGAAGAGAAAAAGGACGAGAGGGAAGAGGGGAGAGAGAGAGGAGAGAGGAGAGAAAAGAGAAGGGGGAAGAGAGAGGGAGGGGGGGGGGAGAAGAGGGGGGGAAAAAAAGAGAGAAAAGAGGGGGGAAAAAGAAAGAAAAAUAGAAGAAAAAAAAAGGGAGAGAGGAGAGAAAAACGGGGGAGGAGAAGGGGGAAGAGGAGGAGGGGAGAAGAGGGGGAGAAAAAAAAGGGGGGGAAAAUGGAGAAGAGAGAGGGGAGAGGAAGAGGGGAAACCGGCCAGAGGGCAUUUUUAG